GUCCACCAAAUUGUUUUUACUCUCGCAAUUUCCUUUCCUCUAGUUUUAUAAUGAAUAUUACCACAGCAAACCAUGUUUUUAAAUGCAUAACAAUAGACUGCAGGGAGUUUCACAAAUGAAUAACUAGUUUGUAUUAGCGAAAUAGUAGCGCAAGUGUCUGUGUUCUGAGAGCUCUUUCGGUCUGUGGCACUGGAAGUACGACAGUGUUUUAGUUUCCCAUCUCGACCGCAGGAGCUGUUGGCAGCUAACCUCCCGACCAGCCAGCAAGAAGCGGACUGAUACGACAUCUACACUGGCUCUAAUUAGAAACCGACUCCAUGGUACACACGACCUCCAACAUGGACGCUAAAUGUCUAAAUAUGACCUAAGCAGGAUGAUAUCCAAAGUGAGCAAUCGGAACUGCCAGCAAGGAUUACAAGAAGUUGGCAGACAGGCGGCAUGACGGAGGAGAAAUGCCCCCAGCUAGUGGACUACUUUGUGGUGGCAGGGCUGGCUCCGGGGGGCUCGGCCCCACUGGACGAAGAGGGCCAGCAGAGAGGGGGCCGGGUGGUGGAGCCGGUCAUAGACCUGGCGGUGAUCGCCCGGGGCUUGGGGGAGGAGGUGCCCGAGGGCUUCACCUGCAUCGAGAAGACCCAGGGGGGCCACCCGGCCGGGCUGAGCGCCGGACUCAUCAACAACCCACACAUGUACCUGUGUUACCGCCGUGGGCACGACAAGCCACCCAUCCUCGACCUCGGGGUGCUGUACGAGGGCAAAGAGGUGGUGAAGCAGGGCUGGAAUGUGAUCGAGACCACCCCCUACAGCCGCUCAGCCAGCCUGAGCUCCGGGGGGCCCGCCACCCACCGCACCUUCCUGACUUACCGCCGGGCCCCAGAGUCCCAGGCCCUCCACACCCUGGGGGUCACAGACAUCUCCCUCCUGCUGCCCAGCAAGGGGGAGGUGGCCCCCCACACCUUCUGCCGGGUGGAGAAGAACCUCAACACUGGCAUAUGGGGUCCAGCCUUAUACCUGUGCUACAAGAGAGCUGUAGCCAAAGCCAACGCCCUAGUCUAUGAAGCAGGUCUGAUCAGUCGGUAUCCGGAAGCAGACGUGGAGUCGUUCCCCCUGCCAGAGUCUGUGCCUAUGUUCUGUCUGCCCAUGGGUGUGACGGUGGAGAGCUGGCCCCUCAACACCAAGUACCAGCUCCCUGUCUUCUCUACCUUCGUCCUCACCAGUGCCUGUGGCGACAAGGUUUACGGUGCUGCCAUCCAGUUCUACGAGGCGUUCCCACGGGAGUGCCUCUCAGAGCGGCAGAGCGUCCGUCUGGGCCUGGUGAGCGUGGUGGACCGGCGGCCUAUCACCAACCGCACCCUGCAGGUGAAGAAGAGCGUGUGUGUUCUCUCCCACUGGCCCUUCUUCACCGUCUUCCAGAAGUUCCUCACCUUCGUCUACCGAUACUCCAUCUCCGGACCCCACGUGCUGCCACUUGAGAAGCACAUCUCCAGCUUCAUGCACAACGUCCCGUUCCCCUCCCCUCAGCGACCUCGCAUCCUAGUGCAGCUCUCCCCCUAUGACAACCUUCUCCUCUGUCAGCCUGUCUCCUCCCCCUUACUGCUCAGUGGUGCCAGCUUUGUGAAGCUGCUGCAGAACCUGGGCCCUGAGAAUGCCUGUGUCCUGCUGCUGGCUGUGCUGACGGAGCACAAACUACUGCUACACUCCCUCCGCCCCGACGUUCUCACCUCCGUCAGCGAGGCCCUGGUAUCUAUGACGUUUCCUCUGCGUUGGCACUGCCCUUACAUCCCCCUGUGCCCGCUGCGGCUGGCAGACGUACUGUGUGCCCCCAUGCCCUUCAUUGUGGGCGUCCACUCCAGCUACUUUGACCUCUAUGACCCCCCUACUGACGUGGUGUGUGUUGACCUGGACACCAACACCAUCUUUCAAGCAGAGGACAAGAAGCCGUUGUCAUGGCGAUCACUACCAAGGAAGCAAGGCAAGAUGCUGGUGAAUACCCUCACCAACUUGAUGAAGACACUGGAGAAAAUCUACACCACUGGCCAAGAGGAGGCCACCCUGGAGUUCCUGCUGACGGACUAUGACCUGAUCUACGGGCGUCAGAAGCAGCUGGAGCUGGAGAUCCAGGAGGCAUUCCUACGUUUCAUGAGCUGCCUGCUCAGGGGCUACCGUGCCUACCUGCUGCCCAUCACCCAGGCCCCUUCAGACAGGACUACCGACUGCAGCUCCCUCUUCAACCUGCAGGGCUUCCUGAAGUCUCGUGAACGCACCCACCAGAAGUUCUACACCCAGCUGACCAGGACCCAGAUGUUCACUCAGUUCAUCGAGGAGUGCUCCUUCGUCAGUGAUCGCCACGCCUGUCUGGAAUUCUUCGACGAGUGUGUCCAGAAGCAGUCGGAUGUGGAGAAGCCUGAGGAGGUGCGUCUGAUAGACCUGGACGAGGCCCACAGUGGGGAGCACACGGUCUUCAUCAUGCCCCCAGAGGAACCCCAGGAACCAGACGGUUCAGAGUGCCCCACUCACUACAGCUAUGAGACAUUCCCUGUGCUCUGCAUGGAUCUUUUUGACCGGCCUCAGGACCAGCUACGUGUCCCUACCAAGGGGAGUGCCCCGAGCAGCCCUGCCCCGCGACGGACUAAACAGGAGAUUAAGCUGGCACAGAAGCGGGCACAGAUAUACUCGGCAGUGCCCGACAUGUGGUCCAAAUGCCUGCUGGGCCACUGCUAUGGGCUGUGGUUCAUAUACCUGCCCACCUUUGUGCGGGCGGAGAGUGCCAAGGUGCGUGCCUUGCAAACGGCAUACGAGGUGCUCAAGCACAUGGAGACCAGGAAGGUGGUACUACCGGAUGAGGUGUGUUACAGGAUCCUGAUGCAGCUGUGUGGGCAGUACGGGCAGCCUGUGCUCGCUGUUAGGGUACUUCUGGAGAUGAAGAAAGCUGGGAUCACACCCAACACCAUCACCUAUGCAUACUACAACAAGGCAGUGCUGGAGAGCAAGUGGCCCUCCACCAAUCAGGGUGGCCGUCUGCGCUGGGCCAAGUUGCGCAACGUUCUGAUGGCCGUGGCGCAGUUCAGACAGCCAAUCAAACAACGGCUGAAGAGUGGUUCAGUACGCUCGCGGACAGAUACAAUGGACAGUAACCAACGGUCCCGCCCACAAUCUAACCUGAUUCGUCAGUCCAGCUGGAGCGGCCUGAGUGAAAGCUCCAGCCACGAAUCGCUGACGGGGUCUAUGGUGAAGAGCAACAGCCUGAACAGCAUGAGAGGCUCAACAGACAAGUCUAAGCUCUCAAUGAAGGCGGUGCUCCGGAACCCAGGUGCCAAUGGCUGCAGCGAUCCUGCCUCCCGUAAACCCCCCGUGGGGCCACGAGACACCUCCACCCCUUCUCCCUUUCCCCCUGGUGAUGUACUGGUACGCCGCGACCAGGUGUGCCUGUCCACCUUCUACAAAGACUGUGCCGAGACGGCCGUCUCUGACCCCGACUGCAGCUGCCAGCCUGAAGACAGAGACGGCAGGCCACCUGGGCCGAGAGACACCGUGAGCCGCAAGGCCGUGGACGAGAACUACAAUAAUGUGUCACCGCCGAGUCGGGGAAGCCUGGCAGGGAAACUACAGCAGCUGCUCACACCUACUCGCCAUCGAGUCUCGGGGCGGCGGGCCGCAAGUGUAGACGCUCGGCGCUCGGGGGGUGAAAACGGGCCGGUGCGCAGGGUGUCGGAACAGAGGCUGUCCCGAAAAGCCCAGGUGGCUGAGAGCCUGCUAAAGGCUAAGGAGAGGCUCUACACUGCUACCUCUGAGAGUUCUCUGUCAGUAGGGAGUGACGUCGACCUCCCUGAAACCACCAAUUUGGCCUUUCCUCUCCGCAAGUCCUGGGACACCAACCAAGAGGGAGCAGGACUAGAGGUGUUGAUGUCGAGCUGCUCCCUGUGUCGGAGCUGUAACUCCCUGGUCUAUGAUGAGGAGAUAAUGGCCGGGUGGACGUCUGACGACUCCAACCUCAACUCCAGCUGUCCCUUCUGCUCGACCACCUUCGUCCCCCUUCUCAACGCUGAGAUCUGUGACCUAGGACCCAUCAGCAGCCUGGAACGUACCAAUUGGAACAUGGACGAGGAGGUGGAAAGCGCAGCCAAGUCCCCUGGUGACCAGGAGGCCAUCCUGGGUCACAACGGUGUGAGUGAGGACUCCAGCUCUGAGACCAGCAGUUAUUCUGAGAGCAGCAGCGCUACCAUGGGAUCAUCGGUGGGCGGGUCGCCCCAGGUGACGGUGGCCUACCUGAGCCCAUUGGUGCUGCGCAAGGAGCUUGAGAGCCUGCUGGAGAACGAGGGUGAGGCGGUGCUGUCGCAGGGCCAGCUCCUGGACAGCCACUCCAUCAUCUUCUGGAACAUGGUUUGGUACUUCCAUCGCCUGGGCCUGCCCAGCAAUCUGCUACAGCUGGUUCGCUCCUCACCGCUGGCCAACCAACUAGCACAGACUUCAGAGAACUCAGCAGUGAGGGUGAGGCUGCUGUGGGACACACUGACCCCUGACACAGACCACUGGCCCCCCCUCUACAUCCUGUGGAGGAUACACAGUGGCGUACCCAUGCGGAACCACAGCUGGCGGAGGCACAACCACCCCUUCACCCUGGCCUUCCUGGAGGAAGUGCUGCGCUGGGUCGGGAUGAACGAGGUACACAAGGGAAUCACUCUCUUCCUGGAAACCAUUGCCAAGCAACCAGGCACGCCCAAGAUACAAAGGAGUCUGUACAGAGAGAUGCUCUUCCUCACGCUGGCUGCCAUGGGUAGAGAUCACGUUGCUGCGUUUGAUAAGAAAUACAAGGCUGCGUACCAACGGCUGAGUGGCUCCUUGGGCCGCGAGGAGCUCCGCAGGAAGCGAGCCCAGCCACCUAGCCCCAAGGCUGUGGACUGCAGACGGAGCUUCCUUCUGCCCCUCGAGUGCUAAUACCACCUGCAGGCUCCACCCACUCCAAUCCAGAUCCGCCCCCAUCGCUGCUGCCUCCGCUCCCUAGAACACUGAUACCCAGCUGCCAAGAAGAAGGGUUUGGAGAAGUUAGACCGAAAACAACAGACAGAAAAUUCUGCCUUCACUUUGGACUUCUCCGCUGUGCUGCCACCUAGCACAGCUUGGCCACACUAUAAAAGCCCCCUGACUGUGUAACCACACCUCACUAUCCUUGUUUAUGUGAACCCGAUAUCUACAUUUGACCUUCAUUAAUUUCCAUUGUGCAACUGGCCUUUGGACAACUUCCUCAACAACUAAACACAACCCUCUCGUCCUAUAGUUUGGCUACAGGGAUUAUUGGACCUGGUACAUACAGCCCAGCCCCCUUGGACUUUGCUCAUUGCUCAUAUAUACAUGGCCUCUGCCUCACCAAUAUAACUCAUACUGGUUUGUAGGUCAUAAACCAUGCAUUUCAUUCGUAUGCAACAUGUAAGGCAUAUUACCGACCUGCGAUCUAUGCAUUCAAUGUGAAUCUAUUCUAUAAUUUGCAUUGCUUUCAGACAGAAAAUCUCAUGAGUGGGAGAUGUCUAGUGAUCCUUGAUGUGAUGGGAAGUGUAUCAUCGAACUGUAACAUACAUUACAUUACAUUGCAAGGGUACAUACCAAUCACUCACAGUCACUGUGAAAACCUUUAGAUUAGAUCGCAUUUCAUGCCUCUCUUGCUCUUUUUCACCCUCUGGAACUGGACAUUGGUGGUAAAGUCACUUUGGGAUGAGACUGCUUCAGCAAGCCAAUCCAAACGAGGAUGUUUACUCUGGGAGAGGAUGAUAUUGAAUAUCGACUUCGGGUGAGGAUAUCUUCGGGAGGAUUAUGUCAGCUCAGAUGUCGAAUCUGGGAGAGAAUUAUGUCAACUAAGAAAGGAUGAUGUUGACUGGGAAAGGAUGAUGUCAACUCUGGGAAAGGAUGAUGUCAAAUCUGGGAGAUGAUGUCAACUCUGGUAAAGGAGGAUGUUGACUGGGAAAGGAUGAUGUUUCCAAUUGAUUUUGGGAGAGUAUGAUGUUAACUAUCGGUUUUGGGAGCAGAUGGUGAGCUGUGGU